AUGGAGAGCCAACGUCUUAUUUCAUCGGAAUCACUGGAUAUCCCACGUCCAGAGGGCAUCGUCCAGGACGAGGAGGACUUCCAUACUGGUCGGUACUCCGAUUUGGAACAUCCCUCCAGUCAGGGACAAGAUGUCCCUCAAGAUGGAGAUGAAGAUGAGAAUGAUGAUGUCACAAAUGCCAAAGUCGUAUUGGUCGUCGCUGCCCUGACCGCCACCUCGUUUUUGGUUAUGCUCGACAUGUCCAUUCUUCCAACUGCCAUCCCGCAAAUCACGACCGAGUUCCACUCCUUAGGAGACAUCGGUUGGUUCGGUAGUGCAUACCUGUUGGCAAGUUCAACCAUGCAACCAUUGACAGGGAAGCUUUACCUGCGAUUUGGUCUAAAGUAUACCUUCCUCACCUUUCUCACAGUGUUCGAGUUGGGUUCAUUGCUCUGUGGCAUAGCACCAAGCACCAAGUUGUUCAUUCUUGCACGAGCCGUCGCAGGUCUAGGGGCGUCUGGUUUACUGAAUGGAGCACUCAGCAUAAUCGCUGCUAUUGCUCCAAUGCAUAAACGUCCAGCGCUCAUUGGUUUCAUGCUGUUAAUUGGCCAACUCGGGAUGGUCGGUGGGCCAGUCCUCGGUGGUUUGCUCAUGAAAUAUGCGGGUUGGCGAUGGUGCUUCUACAUCAAUCUGCCAAUUGGCGCCGUCUCAGCCAUCAUUCUUUCCAGCCUUUACAUCCCGGAUGGCUUUAUUCGAUCCACAGCAAAGACAAAGUUGGCCGUGUUCUUUAGCCUUGACCCAAUUGGAUUCGUCUUAUUCACUGCUUUCACCGUUACGCUCUUCAUGACCCUUCAGUGGGGUGGAAGCAUCUAUGAGUGGAUGAGCCCUGUCAUCAUUGGACUGCUAGGUGCUUCAAUCCUUCUCUUCACUUUGUUUGCCGGGUGGGAAAGAUUCGUAGUUGGUGAGAAUGCCAUGUUCCCAUACUCGAUGCUGCGCAAGCGGGUUGUCUGGGCAUCCUGCUUGACCAUAUUUCUUUUACAGGGCUGUGCGCUCAUCUACUUAUACUAUCUACCGAUGUACUUUCAAUCUGUUAAAGGCACAUCUCCACUUUCAAGUGGGGUUUAUAACUCUCCAGGUAUCGGGAGUCAAAUGCUCUUGGCUGCAGUAUCUGGUGUCUUGGUCGGGAGGAUGGGAUAUUAUCUUCCAUGGGUCCUUGCAAGCGGAAUGCUCGGCCUUGUCGGGUCAGUAUUGAUGUCGACCUUGACACCUGAGACCAGCCCGGCCGCCUGGAUCAGCUACCAGGUUAUUGCUGGAAUUGGGCGAGGAUGCGGUACAACGAUGCCUAUGGUGGCGACGCAAAAUAUCCUCUCACCCGAACAGAUUCCAUUGGGGAUGUCUCUCGUAGCAUUUUGCCAAUCAUUCGGCGGUUCCAUGUUCCUCAUGUUUGCCCAAGCCAUUUUCAGCUACAGCCUUGUAGAUGGUCUCAAGAGAUUUGCACCUACAGUCGAUAUACCAACUGUGAUUGAUGCUGGGGCUGCUGGUCUACGAGAUGUGGUACAGCCCGGAGAACUGCCUGGCGUCAUAAAAGCUUACAAUCUGAGCUUUACGAGAGAGUUCUAUCUGGCAGCAGUUGCUUACAUCGCAAUGAUCUUCUCUGCUUGGGGUAUGGGGUGGUACAGCGUCAAGAAGCAGAAAGGCGGCAGCCGUGAUUAA